AUGAAGACCAGUGAACCAACCCUACCCUCUUACCCACGAUCUGGAUACGAUAUGGUGACCGCAUCUGAACUCGUCGGAGCUACCCCCUCAGGCGCAUACUCAUGGCGUCCUCCAUCGCCCCCUCAUAUUCACGUCCCGCAAGCUCCAGAAGACCAGAAGUUUGUCCUGCCCGCCUACGACGACACCUCUGCCCAGGGAGCAGAUCGAGCUAUCCUUAAAAGCGUGACUGAAGGAGAUCAUGUUUCAGUCGCGACAAGGGAUUGGAAGUACGACUGGCGUAGAAAGGCUCAACCCAUCCUCUCAUUCCUUCACUUGGGUCCGUCGUCUGCAGCUCGCGAUAUCACAUACAUCCAAACACAGGGCAUCACCAUGUUGUUGGUCAUUAGAGAUUCGCGAUCUGCGAAUGCUAGACUUUUGAGUGGUGAGAAAAUCGCACGGCAAUUAGGCAUUGAAGCAGCCGCUAUCGACGUCGCAGACUAUCAGGAGCUCAUUGCGGCAUUCCCUCGAGCCAUUCAAACUAUCAACAAUCACCUCAUCUCAGAAUAUCGCAAGCAUAACCCCUCUGGCCUUCGUCAGGGUACCAAAUCUCGAACACCCUGGGGAAAGGUGCUGGUUUUUUGCGAAUCCGGCAAUGAACGCUCGGCUGAGGUUGUAGCAGCCUAUCUCAUGAGCAUGUACCGCCUAGACCUAAUUGCUGCGAUCCAAUAUAUCCAAACUCGGCGCUUCUGUGUCGCCUUUGACGACAGUAUGAAGAACCUUCUUCUCAACUACCAGCAGCUUUUGGAGGCAAGAAGGUCGGUUGCAGGUGCCACCUUGACCCAAACAGUGCUGAAUGGAACCAACAACGGAAUUAGUCAGUCGAAAGCUAAAAGAGGCAGGGAAGAAGUCGAAAUAAAUGAUGAGGGCAUGGACCUGGAUGAUGCUGAUGACGAGGCAAGAUUUAUGGGACGCACUACAUUCGUUCCAUUCACGUGA